AUGUUCCUGUCUCUUCCUACCUUGACUGUCCUUGUCCCCCUGGUUUCUCUAGCAGGACUGUUCUACUCAGCCUCUGUGGAAGACAAUUUCCCUCAGGGCUGCACCAGCACAGCCAGCUUGUGCUUUUACAGUCUGCUCUUGCCCAUUACCAUACCGGUUUAUGUGUUCUUCCACCUUUGGACUUGGAUGGGUAUUAAGCUCUUCAGACAUAAUUAA